AUGGUCCUGACGGGCGAAUGUGACGAACAUACCAUCAAAGAGCCGCACGACUGGACGAAAGUGUUCAAGGACGUUUGUGCAGACUGUAAGCCUGCAAGUGCCAGUCGGAGUCAGAGCCAGAGUCAAAGCGAGAAUCUGACGACGGGGAAAAGGUCGACAAAACCCGAAGCCAAAGCCAAAGCCAAAGCAUUGCGAAACGACGGCAAAGACGAGGACGGGCAAAGCGAAAGCGAGAAAAGCGAGACGAGCAAUAAUGGCAGCACCACAACGAAGGCCUCAAGUACUAGCACUCCAAAAGGACACGACAGCGACAACGACACGGACACCGACAAGAGGCGCACGCACAACAAAUUGAACAUGAGAAUGAGCUCCGAGGUGGAGUCCGGGGGACACCAACUCGAACACGAUCAAGAAAAAUCGAUGGCGGAGGAUACUGAUACUAGUAUUCCAUUUUGUGAAAAUUGGGACAGAGUCUCGGUGGACUGGGCUCUGCGUCAAUUCAUCGGCCGGUGCAUACUACUUUGGUACGAAAUUUAUGAAUUUCGCCUUGCAUUCGGCGUGCUGACGAUGAUUGUGCUGCUUGUCUGUGCGGCGCGUUUGGAUCGGUGUUUGUGUUUGGCAGGAGAUGUCUUGUGA